AUGCUGAGGACUCCCACAUCAACUCACUUUGUCUUCCAGAGGGAUACGUGGAGGAGGGCAUACAGGCUACGAUCACACUUGACCAUCGCAGCAACAUGUUCAUCUAGGGACACACUCGACUCAAUUCAUGACGGCAACGACUCCUUCAACGACAGCAACCAGACUCUGACAUACAACGCAGCCGCCAUGGCCGCGCACCCCGUCCUCGACCUCGACACAACACUCGCCUCGCUCCCACCUCCCAUCACGCAAGAUAUCCGCGCCCAGGUGCAAGCCCAGCUGCGCGGGCCCUCAUCGCAGGUCCCCCUCCUCGUCGCUCUCGAUGACGACCCGACAGGCACCCAGACCUGCCACGACGUCAACGUCCUCACCGUCUGGGAUGUGCCGACCCUGACGGCCGAGUUCAGACUGACACGGCGCGGCAGCGGCUUCUUCGUGCUCACAAACUCGCGCGCCCUGCACCCGGCCCCGGCCCGCGCCCUCCUCGUCGAGAUUUGCACCAACCUGCGGGCCGCCUCGUCCGCGACCGUCCUUCCCUUUGAGAUUGUGCUGCGCGGCGACUCGACGCUACGCGGCCAUUUCCCGCUCGAAGCCGAGGCCGCCACCGCCGCCCUCGGCCCCUUUAACGCCUGGCUGCUGUGCCCCUUCUUCCUCCAGGGCGGCCGCUACACCGUGGACAACGUGCACUACGUCGCCGAGGGGGCGCGCCUCGUGCCCGCCGCCCAGACGCCGUUUGCCGCCGACGCCACCUUUGGCUACGCGAGCUCCGACCUGCGCGACUACGUCGCCGAGAAGACGGCCGGCGCCGUCCCCGCCGCCGCCGUGCAGAGCAUCACCCUGCAGACCAUCCGCGAGGGCGGGCCCGACGCCGUGCUGGCGCAGCUCCUGGCGCUCGAACGCGGCGCGACACCAGCUGCCGUCGUCGUCGUCAACGCGGCCGCCGAGUCGGAUGUCGACGUUGUCGUCGCGGCGCUGCUGCGCGCUGCGUCGACAGACACCGGCGGUGCGCAGGCCGGCCACAGGCCGCGACGCUUUCUCUACCGCACGGGCGCCGCGUUCGUGUCGGCGCGGCUCGGCAUCAAGCCCAUCGCGCCCAUCACGGCGGCGCAGCUCCAGCUGGGGGACCCGGACGCCGCGUCUUCGUCGUCUGUCGCCGCCGCCGGCGGCCUCAUCAUGGCCGGAUCCUACGUGCCCAAGACGACGAAGCAGCUCGAACACCUCCAGCGCGACGCCGGCGCCGCGCUCACGACCGUCCAGGUCGACGUCGCGGCGCUGCUCGCGUCGGCGGCGUCGCGGUGUCAGGAGACGGCGCGCGUCGUGGCGGCGGCCGAGGCAUCGGUGGCGGGCGGGCGCGACACGCUCGUCAUGACGUCGCGGGGGCUGGUCGUCGGCGCCGACGAGGCCGCGAGCCUCGACAUUGGGGCCGUCGUCGCUUCGGCGCUCGUCGACGUGCUGCGCGGGCUCGCGACGCGGCCGCGGUACGUCGUGGCCAAGGGCGGCAUCACGAGCUCGGACAUGGCGGGCAGGGGGCUCGGCAUGCGGCGGGCGCGCGUCGUCGGGCAGGCGGCGGCCGGGGGGCCGCUGUGGCGGGGCGUCGAGGGCGGCGGCAAGUGGCCGGGCGUGCCGUUUGUCGUGUUUCCGGGCAACGUUGGCGGUGACGAGACGCUGGCGGAGGUGGUCAGGGGGUGGAGGGCGUAG